CAAUUUCAGACAUAUUACUGCAAAGAUGGAUUUUAUUAAAGAGGAGAGAGAUGACAUAGGUUAUCCAGAACCACACAGAGUGAAAGAUGAAGAAAUUCAGGAACAAAUAGGUGAAGAAAGAGAAAUAAGGUGGCAUAUAAAGUGGAACUGAAUGAAACCAAUGAAGUCUGCUGACAUACUAUUGCAAAAAUGAAGUCUGUAAAAGAGGAGAGUGGUGACUUGAGUGAUCCAGAACUGCAGCUAAAUAAAAAUGAAGAUACUGAGGACCAAAGAGACAUGAUGGAAGAGAAAAAGGAAAGUCAAGAACUGAAUGACGAGGAGGAGAAACAUCAGAAUGAUAAAUCUGAUCAUUUAAUCAUUGGUGAAAAAUCUUCUAGUUGCUCACAGAAAAGAACUCGAAAAACAAGAUCCAGAAAAAACUUCAAAUGCCAUCAGUGUGGAAAGAGUUUUACAAAAAAAGGAAACCUUAACACCCACUUAAAACUUCACACUGGAAAGAAGCCUUUCAUAUGCCAGUGUGGAAAGAGUUUCUCACUAAAAGGAAACCUAAAGAGUCACAUGAUACUUCACACUGGAGAGAAGGCGUUUACCUGCUCUGAAUGUGGAAAGAGUUUUGCAUUAAAACAAGAUCUUGAGAGGCACCUGAGAACUCACACCGGAGAGAAACCUUUUACAUGCCCUCAGUGUGGAAAGAGUUUCACACAAAAAGAAAGCCUCAAGAGGCAUCUGAGUCUUCACUCUGGAGAGAAGCCGUGCACAUGCCAUCAGUGUGGAAAGAGUUAUACAGAAAGUAAACAGCUUGAGGUUCACAUGAGAAUUCACACUGGAGAGAACCUUUUCACAUGCCAUCAGUGUGGAAAGAGUUUCACACAACAAGGAAACCUUAAAACUCACUUGAAGCUUCACUCUGGAAAGAAGCCUUUCAUAUGCCAGUGUGGAAAGAGUUUCUCACUUAAAGGAAACCUGAAGAAUCACAUGAAACUUCACACUGGAGAGAAGCCUUUCACCUGCCCUGAAUGUGGAAAGAGUUUUGCAAUAAAACCACAUCUUGAGAGGCACCUGAGAACUCAUACCGGAGAGAAACCUUUUACAUGCCCUGAGUGUGGAAAGAGUUUCACACAAAAAGGAAACCUUAAGACUCACUUAAAACUUCACUCUGGAGAGAAACCUUUCAUAUGCCAAUGCGGAAAGAGUUUCAGACUUAAAGGAAACCUUAUGAAUCACGUGAUACUUCACACUGGAGAGAAGCCAUUUACAUGCCUUCAGUGUGAAAAGAGUUACACAGAGAGCAAACAGCUUUAUGCUCACAUGAGAAUCCACACUGCAGAGAACCCUUUUACCUGUCGUCAAUGUGAAAAGAGUUUCACACAAAAAGGAGAUCUUGAGAGACACCUGAGAGUUCACACUGGAGAGAAGCCUUUCGCGUGCCCUCAGUGUGGAAAGAGUUUUACUCAAAAAGGACACCUUAAGAGACAUCUAAGUCUUCACACUGGAGAGAAGCCUUUCACAUGUGUUCAGUGUGGAAAGAAUUACACGGAGAAAGGACAGCUUGAGGUUCACAUGAGAAUCCACACUGGAGAGAACCCUUUCCUCUGCCAUCAGUGUGGAAAGCGUUUCACACAAAAGGGAGAUCUUGAAAAGCACCUGAGAAUUCACACUGGAGAGAAGCCUUUCAUCUGCCAUCAGUGUGGAAAGAGUUUCACUCAAAAAGCACACCUUAAGAGCCACUUAAGUCUUCACACUGGAGAGAUGCCUGUUCACAUUUGAUCAAUGUAGAAAGAAUUACACAGAGCGAGAACAACUUAAUGUUCACAUGAGAAUUCACACUGGAGAGUAGCCUUUAACAUAUCUUAGGUGUGGAAAGAGUUUCACUGAAGCAAGCCAUCUCACAGCUCAUCAACAGUUUGACUCCAUAUCAAGCCCUAGCCCCUUUUCUGAGGUGCCCCCCAGAGGGAGAUCGCUGUGCCAUCAGAGUGGAAAGAGUUACACAGAAAGAAAACGGCUUGAGGUUCACAUGAGAAUCCACACAGAAGAGAACCUUUUCACAAGAAACUAUAAAACUCACUUAAAGCUUCUCUCUGGAAAGAAGCCUUUCAUAUGCCCUCAGUGUGGAAAGAGUUUCAGACAAAAAGGAAACCUCAAGACUCACUUAAAACUUCACUCUGUAGAGAAGCCUUUCAUAUGCCAAUGCAGAAAGAGACUUAAAGGAAACCUUAAUGGUCACAUGAUACUUAGGAGAGAAGCUUUUCACAUGCCUUCAGUGUGAAAAGAAUUACAGAGAGAGAACAUCUUGAGGUUCACAUGAGAAUCCACAAUGGAGAGCACUCUUUCCUCUGCCAUCAGUAUGGAAAGAGUUUAACACAAAAAUGACAACUUGAGGUUCACAUCUGAGUUCACACUGGAGAGUAGCUUUUCACAUGUCUUAGGUGUGAAAAGAGUUUUGCUCAAGCAAGCCAUCUCACAACUCAUCAACAAAAUGACUCCGUAUUGAGCCCCUGCCCCUUAUCUGAGGUGUCCCUCAAAGGGAGAUCGCUGUGCCCCUUAGUGAUCCCCAACAGAGAUUGCUCUGAAGGAGCAGCCUCUGUAUAGGCCGAACACUAAAGCAAUGAUGUUUGAAAUCCUCAGGCUUUUUUCAUGCACAGAAGCAAAUGUUUGACAUGUGCAAGAAAAACAGAUGUUCAGUAGAAAGCGAGUCAUUUGUAUUUGCUUUGUUGUUUUAUUGAUGUUUUAUUGUGGUCAGAUUGAGAUAGUCCACUUUGAAUAGGGCUCUUUUAGAUGUUUUUAUGUGGUGUAAAUUUGGUUUAAUGCAGUUUUCUUUGCUGUGUUUCUAACAGCAAACACCUUUUGUUCACUUAAUUUACUUGCAUUACUAUGGCUUCAUACAGCUUCUGUGCUCAUUCGUCCUGAAACAGACUCUAGUGUGAGGUUUCCUUCAUAAGAAGCAGAUACUAAACAUAGCUUAACCUCAUACUGCACUAAUACAAGCUGAGUACACCAGUAAUCUGCGGAAAUUAGCAGUUUUUACCAAAAUGUCAAGAAAGAGAUCCUGAUAUAUUAAUAUACAAAAUUUCGUUUUUCUCCAUCGCCCUGCAUUGUACUUAAAAUGACAAUAAAGUGACUUUGGUGUAUUCACAUUAUUUGAGCUGUGGCUGAUGGAAAAAAGUUGGCCUGAUAAAGAGUGAACACUGCUUUUACAAUGUGUUUCUACUGGUUAGUCUCAAACGGUUUACUUCGCUCUACCGGUAUCAGAGAGUGGAAUUUACGCUCUGGGUAUAGAUGCUGUUCUAAAAGCUAACAAGGUACCAGAAGCAUAGAGACAAAAGUUUCGAACUCUGUCCAAAAGAGGUGAAUGAAGCUCGCUUUGAGUUUGCCAGAGAGCUUACCACCCUGUUCAAUAGCUGGUAUGUUGCAUCUGAAGUACAAACAGUUGAACAUUUGUGUGAUUUAGUUGUGCUUGAACAAUUGACAAAUUCCAUGCCUGCACGAAUCGCCACCUACAAGUAUGAAGUCAGCACCGCUGCAGAAGCUCCUGUGCUUGCUGAUGAAAAGGCUUUGACUCUUGAAGCUUAGUUAUGGAGAGUCUCGUAAGAGCAAGACUCAAGUUAUCGUAUAACACAGAAGAAUGUUGAUUUAGUUUCAACUACUGCCAUGGUUAAGGACAUUAGAAAAAUGAUUGUCCUGUGCUGAAGGCUAAAGGUAAAUCUUAAAAUACUUAUGCGUGUGAAGCCUGCUGUGCUCUUGGUUUGGCCUGAUGUUUCUCCACCUCUUGUGGUAUCAUCUGUUCCGUUGUCAUCUGGGGAGCCUGAUGAGAUUGCUGAAAAGUACCCAGAGGUAUUUACAGCUUGUUCUGUAAGCAGCGUGAUCAUUCCCUUUUAUCCUGUUCUGGUGAACUGAAAAGCAAAAGCAAGCUGAUGUUACAUGGACUGAUUUGUUUGAAGGGGCCUUACAUUUAGACCAAGCUUGAGAUGUUGCUCAUGGUUAUUUUUUUUGCAUGCCGGGUUAUCGAUAAAGAAAUGAAUUCCUCAUGGUAGCAUUUUUGCAGCGGACCCUAUUAUGCAGGAGGUGGUUCCUUCCAAGUUUCGUCCUUUAGUAUUGCAGACCUCCCAUGUAGUUACUUUUGGACAUUUGAAUGUUAAAAUAAACCUAUGACAACAUCUUACAUUUCUUUUUGUCAGAAACUAAAAAAGGAUGAUCCUCAGUACAUCAAAACAUGUAAUAUGUGUCAUUGUCAGUUACCUGGAAAACCGAAUCCAAACAUGCUCCACUGUCCACUAUUCCUCUGACAAGUCAACCAUUUGAGCACUUGAUGUUUGACUGUGUGGCCACACUGCCCUGAUUGAAGUCUGGCAGUAUUUACCUGCUAACUGUUAUCUUUGCCUCUACAUGUUACCCUGGAGCAUAUCCUCUCCGUACUAUUAUGGAAAGAUUUGCGAUGAAAGAUUUUAAACAGUUAAUAUCAAUCUUUGUUAUUCCAAAGAUUAUGCAAAGUGAUCAGGGGUCUAACCUUACCUCUCAUUUGUUUUUACAAGUUUUGCCGCAACUGCGGAUUAAGCAUAAUAAAGAGAGUACCUAUCAUCCCCAAAGGUGUUUUGAAACAUUUUUAACAAACUUUAAAGUCCUUGCUGCAUGCUUAUUAAUGGGUAUUGGGAAGAGCGAUUACCGUGGCUGAUGUUGGCGGUACAAGAAGUUUGUCAGGAGAGGACUGGUUUCAGUCCGAAUUACCUGGUGUUUGGGCACACUGUUUGUGGCCCACUAAGACUGUGCCUCGUCAAAAUGUGAUGAACUAUUUGAAUGAUUUCAGGUGCAGACUUCAAGAAGUAUGUAAGUUAGAAAAAGAAAAGGUGCCUAAAUUUCAGUCUCUUUGAUCAGCGAGCUGAAUGCAGACGGUUUUGUCCUAGUGACCAGGUUUUGGCUCUUUUGCCAAUUAAUGGUUCACCUUUCCAAGCCCAGUCUUCUUGCCCAUUUACUGUAGUGAAAAAGAUUUCUGAUUUGAAUUAUCUGAUCGUUACUCCUAAAUGGAGAAAGGUGAAUAGAGUUACUAAACCUGACUCUUUUCACCUUCCUCGCAUCGAGGAUUGUGUCGAUCUAGUUGGAGCUACCAAAUUCAUAAGUAAAUUUGAUCUACUGAAGGGCUAUUGAUAAGUUCAAUUAACAUCAUGUGCAUAAGAUAUUUCUGCUUUUAUUACAUCUGCAGAAUUAUUUUCAUACAAUGUUAUGAGUUUUGAUUUACGCAAUGUCCAUUUCAGCUGCUAAUGAACAGGGUUGUUAUGGGUUAGAGGGAGUGGCUGUUUAUUUGGGUGAUAACAUUGUUGUUAGUGACUCCUGGGAACAGCACUUGAGUCACAUUGAACAAUUGUCUACACAUAUAUCCAUUUCAAUUUAGUAUAAAUAAAUUAAGAUUUUAAACAUGUUUUGUUCCUUAUCUAAAGAAUCAGUGAAAUAUAAAUUGAGAGUUUUAUAUUACAGAAAUGGGAGGAAACAGCAGUUUUCAGAUAUCUCAAAACAAUUAGAACAAAUAAGAGAUCCACCACAGGGAUGUGUCCUUUUCCACUUGCUUUGCAUUCUGUAAAUUAAGCAAGGCCAGCAGCACCAUUUGUGCAGAUGUGGAAAUCUUAUAUUAAUUUUGUUAUAGCUGAUUAAUAUCAUACAUAUAGGGGGUGUUUAAAAAAAGGUGAUUAACAUGCUAAGUGUUUCAGUUUAUCGUGUUAAGCUUUUACUGCUCCUGCAGCUCAGACGGGGUAGAAGAUUUUUUCUUCUGUAAGAUUUUUAGUGCAUUAUCUUGCAUUGUUAAAAAUUUCUCAUCAUAUUUUUGUCAACAGAAGCCUAUGUUUUAAGUGUAAUUGUUUAAUUAUUUCAUGAUGCAUAUUUCCAUGUUGUCUUUGUUGACAACAUGGAACUGGA